AUGACAGAUGGUUUGGCGAAAUGUUUUUGGAACACUCCGGAGGUUAGGUUUUCUUUUUCUAAUUCUUCGAGAAGGUCGGGAGGCUUGAUUACUUUAUGGAAUAGUAACAAUGUGGAGUUUUUGUGUAGUUUUAAAGGCGAUGGGUACUUGGUCACUAAAGUGGAGUGGAAGAAUAAUAAUUAUUACAUUGUAAACAUAUAUUCUUCUUGUUUAUUGAGCAAGAAGAAAGAGUUAUGGAAGGAGCUUCUAGAGUUGAAAGAAAUCUUCAAAGAUGGUGAAUGGAUAAUGGGAGGGGUCUUUAAUGCUAUAAAAAACUCUAGAGAAAGGAAGGGGAGGAUGGCAUUGGCGAACCUUAAUGAAACAGAUAUUUUUUCGGAAUUUAUUGAUAAAUUUUUUUUGGUGGAUGUUUCGUGUAAAGGUAAAAAGUUCUCUUGGUUUAGUGGUGACGGCAAAUCUAUGAGUCGUUUAGAUCAUUUCCUUGUUUCUAGUAGUAUUGUCUCUAAUUGGGGUGUGGUUGGCCAACUCAUUGGUGAUAAAGACAUCUCGGACCAUUGCCCGGUUUGGUUAAUGAUGGAUAAUUUGGAUUGGGGACCUACACCUUUUAGAGUCAACAAUGAGUGGUUUUCGCUUGAUUCUUUCCUUCCUUUUAUGGAGAAAUAA